AUAAGGAUGAGAAAGCUCUCCUAACGCCAACCAUCGGCGAUGCCGUCGGAGUGAAGCAGGCGGAGGAUUUCCUCUCCGGCAGUGGAAGUGGAGCGAAGGGAGACGGAAUCUAAGGAGAUAAGGUGGAGGGAUGAGGAUGGGAGUCGGCGACGUUAGGAUCUUACGGCCGUUGCUUCACUUGCUGGUGCCUCUCUUCAUUCACUGGAUCGCGGAGGAGAUGACGGUGUCGGUACUAGUGGAUGUCACCACCCGAGCCCUAUGCCCUGGCCAGAGGUCUUGCGCGGAGGUCAUCUACAUCACCGGCAUCCAACAGACGGUUGUAGGCAUAUUUAAAAUGGUGGUUCUUCCCCUCUUGGGUCAGCUAGCAGAUGAAUAUGGGCGUAAACCACUGCUUCUGAUUACUGUUUCUACAUCCAUAGUGCCAUUUGCCAUACUUGCUUGGGAUGAUUCCAGGGCAGCCGUUUACUUGUACUUUGUACUUCGCACAAUAUCCUACAUAGUUAGUCAAGGAAGCAUAUUAUGCAUAUCAAUUGCUUAUGCAGCUGAUGUGAUUGAGGUCGGCAAGAGAUCUGCAGCAUUUGGUUGGAUUACUGGGCUUUUCUCUGCUGCACAUGUGCUGGGAAACAUCUUGGCCCGCUUUCUACCUGAAGGGUGGAUAUUUGAGGUGUCAAUUGGUUUGUUGGUUUCAUCAACACUGUACAUGACAGUAUUUCUAAUUGAGACUGUCAGCACAACUCCCAGGCAAAGUGAUAACAGAUCAUGUUCAGCAAUUUUUCUCAAAGUCUGCAUAAAACGUUGGAACUCAAUGAAAGAUAUUAUUUUUGUUUUUUGUAAUAGUGAAACUCUCAGGCGCAUCUCAUUAAUUUCCUUCUUCUAUGAGCUGGGAAUGUCUGGCAUCAGUGGCAUCUUGCUGUACUAUCUGAAGGCGGCCUUUGGAUUCAACAAAAACCAGUUCUCAGAGAUCUUACUGAUGGUUAGCUUUGGAUCUAUAUUUUCUCAGAUCUUGGUUCUUCCUCUUAUCAAUGCUAUUAUGGGAGAAAAGGGUGUCCUCUGUCUUGCUUUGAUUGCCUCAAUAGCUUAUGGUGUGCUUUAUGGCAUAGCAUGGGCGCGUUGGGUUCCAUACCUUAGUGCCUCAUUUGGAGUGAUCUAUGUCCUUGUCAAACCAUCUACUUUUGCAGUUAUUUCAAAGGCAGCUAUUUCAAGUGACCAGGGAAAAGCACAAGGACUAAUUGCAGGUGUGCAAUCCAUUGCAAGUUUGCUUUCGCCUAUUGUAAUGAGCCCACUGACAUCUCUUUUCAUUUCAAGCGAGGCUCCAUUUGAUUGCAAAGGUUUCAGCAUCCUUGUUGCUUCAGUUUCCUUGGUCGUAUCGUUUGGCCACGCUUGUCUGCUUAACUCUGAAAGUCCAGAUAGCGCAUCUGCUAAUGAGACAAGGCCGUGUGGCGAAGAAUCUACUGAAGCACCUCUUCUAACACAACCUUAAGUUGCUCUUCUGCAGUAAGUUUUCGGCAUCGCAAUGUGAAAAUAUAUUCCAAAUAUUCUUCUGACGCUCAUCGACUUGAAGAAACUAGGACUAUAUCAGUGAGAUAAAAGACAGAUUAGAUUUGAACUGCAGGAAGCUAAAUUUGAGUGUGGCAAAAGGAUGGAGCCACGGAGGAUGUCCCUAGAAAAUAGGCAAAAUCGUUAGCAAUUACAUAAACAAAUAAUUGAAACAACUCAAACUUUGUCCAAAUUGUUAAAUGCUAAUAUGCUACUUGCUUCCAUGUCAAUAAUCCAUGGGGCAUUCGAUAACAGUGGAUAACCGGAGGUAUGCUUACUUACUGACCGGAAUGGACUGGGAUGCACGGCAUACGUGAAGGAACCAGUAAACUAUUUUUUUUCCCCCACAUCUGGGGUGUUAAUUAAGUUUAUUACUUUUGUGUAAAAUAUAGAGUUUGCUUGUUUCUGUUUCACUUUAAGUUGGUGUGGCAUGGCAGACAGAUGAUGCAGACAAAUCGACUGAUGUAGCCUUCCACCAUGUGAUGGAGUGCAGACAAGCCAAAUGGCAGAUUUAAGAGUAAAAUCUAAAGAUCAUGAUAAAUUUCAAAAGUUUUAACUUUACAUUAGAUGUCAAUUUUUGUAGAAUGAUUUUAAUAAGAUUUGAUUGCUAACUAUGCUACCCCAAUGAUCUCCUCACAUGAAAGCCAUGCUUCAAAAUAGGUGAUGUUUUUUUGUGUGUUCUUUUGGGAGAUGAUAUUUUAAUUGCUACCCAAGGCACACCUUUAUCCUAUUUUACUUAAAGAUCAUCUUAAUUCCAAUGAUAA